UCUUCGCUCACAUCCAGCUACUAAAUGAGUUACAGAUGAACCCUGCCCUUCUACCAGAGAGGUUUGCCCAUUUCCACUGCUGUAUCCGCACUCCAUUAAGUAACUGUAAACCGCACUCAUUAGCGACAUCCAAAGGAAAUGCUGCAGGAGAGAGAGGUUGCUUUGCUUGACUCAAAUGUCUUCACGUCUGUCGUCUUUAUUACCGCCGUCUGUUCUCUUGACUUGUUCAUACAGAACAGCUGCAUGAAACUCAACGGGCUGCCUUAAAAAGGUGCGCCCCAAAUGACACAUUCAGUAUAAUGAAUCAACACUGCUGCCCUGCAGGCACUGCAAUCCUGCAGAACAGUUGUUUUAAACGUGUCUCUGUCUAAACACUUGUCAAAGGGUGCAGUGACGCAGACAGGCCCUAAAUUUAUAUUGGUUUUGCUUACAGUUAGACAGCAACAGGUCUGACAAGUAAAAACAAACGGCUGAAACUGAAAUAUGAGAUAGUUCAGGAAAAGAAAGAGACGGUGUUGCGAAACACUUGAUUUUGUGUGAUAAUGUACCGAGGAGUUAUUUGAGUACAGAGAAAAGCCUGUAGGUGCAUGAAAGACGAAGUUAGGCAAAUGUGUUAAAGCAGCGGGAUUAUUACUGUCAAGAGCAACCAGAUAGCUGAAGUGUAACACCCAGUUCUCUUGUGUUUACUUUGAAUUUGGAGCUGGAGUGUUUAUGGGUUUGAUGCUACUGCGCUGCACAGUAGAGGAGAGAGACCAGUCCUACUUUGAACAGCUCGCAGACAGCUGAGGUUCUGAAAAGGCAGCGUCAUCCCACUGCUGCUGUCACAUCUGGCAGAUGAGGCAGAGGAGACACUCUGAAGCAAUGCUGCUGCUGUGCUCAUAAUCCAGGAGAAGAUCAAGGUAACACACCGACUGCUCUGUUUAGACACAAGACAAGAACUCAGCGCAGCAGCACACGUGGCCACAAAUGGCUCAAGAGAAUCUGACGGGUGUAGAGAGCAGCUCUACUAACUGUUCGACUAACAUCGAUGACUUCAGAAACCAGGUUUACUCCACAUCCUACUCCCUCAUCACUCUGCUGGGCCUGGUGGGGAACGGCUUCGCUCUAGUGGUGCUGAUCAGGACGCACCGCCAGAGUUCUCCUUUUCACAUCUACAUGCUGAACCUGGCUGUGUCUGAUCUGCUGUGUGUCAUGACACUGCCGCUGCGAGUUUUUUAUUAUGUGAACAAGGGCAAGUGGACCUUGGGGGACUUCCUGUGUCGUCUCAGCUCCUACGCCCUCUACGUCAACCUCUACUGCAGCAUUUACUUCAUGGCUGCCAUGUCUGUCACGCGCUUCUUGGCCAUUGUGUUCCCCGUGCAGAAUCUGCGUCUGAUGACCGAGAACCGAGCUCGCCUUGUGUGUUUGGGAAUCUGGGUGUUCAUCUGUUUCUCAUCCUCUCCUUUCCUGAUGGUCGGUCAGAAGCAAGACCCGGGCACGAAAAACUUCAAAUGCUUCGAGCCUCCAGAGCCCAAAGGUGUGCAAAGGCUAGUCAUGCUGAACUAUUUGUCUCUAGCAAUUGGCUUUCUCUUGCCGUUCCUGGUCAUUUUGCUCUGCUAUGCAGGCAUAAUCCACGCCCUGCUGUCACGCAAGCAUACCGCCCGGCGCAAUCGAGGUUCAGGCACCAGAGCCAUCCGAAUGAUCGUCAUCGUCCUGCUGACCUUCCUGAUCAGCUUUCUGCCAUACCACGUCCAACGCACCGUCCACCUGAACUUCCUGUCCCGGGACGACACCACCUGCUCAGAGACGGUUGCUAUGCAGAAGUCGGUUGUGGUGACCUUGUGCCUGGCUGCUGCCAAUUCCUGCUUUGACCCAAUGCUUUAUUUUUUCUCCGGAGAAGGUUUCCGCAACCGCUUGUCGUCCCUGCACAGGUCAAAAUCGAGCAGCCAAGUGGACCGCAUGAAACAGCUGAAGCCCAUCACAGGUUUAGAAUCUGGGGAACUGCCAGCUCAAGUCCAGUAAGAAAACAACAAACAGCCUGGGAUGAUAAGGAGCUCAUGAUGCUCUGUCACUCUUAUGACAGAAACAUGGGAUGAUGAGAGGUAUAAAAAGAUAGCUUAAACAGAUGUUGCUGGUCCAGUUAUGAGUAUUGAAGAAUUUCAGCUAAAGUCUCAGGAGGAUUUUUUUUUAACUUAAAUUGAUAUUUAUUAUCAUAAACAGUGCCUACGUGUUGAAUAUUUGAAUAAUGUUGUUCUGCAUUAUUAGCAUAAUACAAAAUGUGGUGUUUUGUGCUCCUAAAGUUACAAUGUGAUUACAAAUAUAAGCCAUACAUGAGAGAGAAAAUGUUUUAAAAAGCCAUUUCUUUUUAUCUGGGCAGUUAAGAAAAUUCAGUCUUAUAUGAUGCACCCUAAAAAAAAGGGGCUAAACUCUGCUUUUUGUUACAACAAUAGGUUAAAUGCUGCAGGAAUGUACUUUUCUUUAUUAUUUUCUACAUAUUCCUCUAUUGUGGAUAUUUUUUUAGCAGUGAAGUUGUUGUUUUUUUAUUUAUUAUUGUUCCUCUGUUACUUUAUUGGCCAUUUUUUUUAUUACGAGUUAAUAUGAUUCUCCCACUUCAUAAUAUUUAAAAAAAUAAAAGAUACACACUGGAAGCAAACAUUGAGAUUUGGGAGUGUACGUUCAGAGACAGACAUUUUAGGAUGUGUAAUUUUUUUGCUAAUUCAUAGGUAAGAAGAUGACACCACUGUCAUGUUUGUACAAUAAAUAUGAAACUGCAGCCAACAUCUGAGUAGCUCAAAGGUCAACCUACCAGCACCUCUAAUGCUCCUUGAUCAAUGAGUGACAUCUUGUUGGUUUAAUCCUAAAAAUUUGAGGUUUGUGUCCUGCAGUUCACAGAUUGGAAACCAACCAGAAAGGGCGGUAGUUUCACAUUUUUAAAAAAAGACAUGAUGAAGGCUGUGUUUUUAUUUUUCAUUUAGCUCUUAACAAGAAGGAAAUAUUGUUAGACUGUUCAUUUAAACACCUGAAAAUAUGCUGCUGUAUUCUUGUUGUAUGUUUUUCAUGUUGUGUAUAAUAACUGCAUUAAUAAAUGAUCCAAUAUGUGCCAGUUCAA